AUGCCAGUACAUGAUAAAAGUGGUAAACUACUGGUUAAUUCAAAACAUACUUUAAAGCGUUGGCGUGAAUUUUUCCAUGAAACACUCAACGUCAUCUCAUCAAUAGAUCAAAAUCUUAUUGAUCUGAUUGAAACACCGACCAUUUUAAUAGCUGAAGAGCGACAACAAAAUGGUCCACUAUCUAUUGUAGAAGUGAGAAAAGCACUGAGUCGAAUGAAAUUUAGGAGAGCCCCAGGUAAUGAUGAAGUCACAGUUGACAUCCUAAAAGCUGGUGGUGGACCGAUAAUCCGAUGGUUGUUCGAAUUCUUUACUGAUGAUGGGAGAACGAGCAUAUGGUAA